AUGUUUUCGACAUUUUCUGUCCGAGGUGAUGGCGACGUGCCUCCUUCGGCGCGUCGCCGUCCCCCACAUGUCAUGCAGGCGUGCACGCGAUGUCAUCGAAAUCGCAUUAAAUGUGACGAUGAAAGGCCAUGCCGAUCCUGCAGGGAAACCAGAUCCCCAUGCUUUGACCGAAGCUUGAAUGCACGAGCUACGGCCAGAGUAGCAGUCGAUACACGCAGCCGACCGCGUCCACGAUCGCAUAUCGAAGGCCUCCCAGCAGAGAGUCUAGGUGCUUCCACCAAUACAGGCUCAGACUCAACUCAGAGCGCGAGAGAGUACGAGGGCCAACGUCCACCGGAAGCCAACUCCUGCCCCGAUCAAUCGACAGGAUCGUGGCAGCUAUUUGUACAGCACUUCAACAGUGCAAUCAGAUCUGGAAAGUCUUGUCCCGACGACUACGAUGAAAAUCUCUUAACACUAAGUCCAUCGCCACCCCCAGUAUCAUUUUCAGGGACUACGCCGCUUGAUACUCUGGACAAGGCCGCAGAAGAGCGCCUUUUAACUGCGUUCCUUCAAUCAUACCAAGUGAUUGCGCCCAUCAUUAGCGCGUCAUGGCUAUGGAAGUAUCAUGCGCACCUGUGGUCGCACGGGCCAGCACGGCAGCCCUGCCAUUUUCUUGAUAUACUCUUAGCGCUGAGCGUCCACCAAGCCAUCUCUUUAGCGGACGAUGAUGCGAAUGAUCCGUACCAGAUGGGCGGGCCACCGGGCUAUUAUUAUUUUGAAAGUCAUACAUCUGCACGGAAUGCGGACAUGAUGGAUCCUCAAAAUGUCCCUCCAUUCAUGGAGAGGGUCAACAGCGUUAUUGUCAGAGCACGAACGUGCUUGGCACUACAAGCUCUCGACAACGUUUUGUCAACAAUAGCCAGCAUCCCGCAUCUCGUUCCCCGCCAAAGUUCUCAGGAUUUGAUCAAGGUUGCUCUUCAAAAGUCUUCCGAGUCCAUGCAGAUAUUUGAGAGAAUCUCCGACACGGAAAGCUUUGUGCAGGUGACAAAGUUGGCACAAUUGGUCCGCGAUGCUUCUGAGAGCUGCUCCCUCUACCCUAGCAACAGAAGCCGAUCGAACAAAGGCUCAAGUUUCGACAAUUUGACGGAGUUUUGCGGGAUCACGGCCGCGGCCGUCAAAUCGUCAAUCAUACCUAUACACGUCUGGGCCUGGCUCGCUACCAACGGCAUUGAAAGGUCCAGAACAGAAAACCAGCCCGGACGCUUUUGA